AUGAAGGCGUCAACUCUGCUGUUGCCCAUCCUGACGGCUUCUGUCUCGGCAGUACCAAGCCAACUCGACACACGACAGACUGGGACCAUCCUCGCUUCCUACGACUAUGUCAUUGUGGGUUCUGGUCCCGGCGGAGGCCCGCUGGCUGCUCGGCUCGCCAUUGCCGGCAAGAAAGUCCUCCUCAUCGAAGCCGGCGACGACCAGGGCGCGUCGAUCCCGUACCAAGUCCCCGCCCUGAACCUGCAGUCGACCGAGUAUACGCCCAUGCAGUGGGAUUAUUUCGUCAACCACUACAGCAGCCUCAAUGCCCAGAAGAAGGACUCCAAGAUGACAUAUCGGACAGCGUCGGGAGAGCUGUACUCUGGACUGAACCCACCUUCUGGUGCCACCCCUCUCGGCGUCUUGUAUCCUCGAGCCGGCACUCUGGGUGGCUGCGCUGCCCACAAUGCCCUGAUCACAGUGUAUCCUCAUGCGAGCGAUUGGGAUCGGAUAGCCACACUGACUGGCGAUACCUCCUGGCGCGCGUCGGCCAUGCGCAACUAUUUCAAGCGUCUUGAGAGCGCUCGGUACCUCCCAAAUGGUGUCGCCGGCCACGGGUUCAGCGGCUGGCUGACAACAAGCGUCACUGAUCUCGGCCUUGUCAUCAAGGAUCUCAAGCUCCUCACCGUCAUUGUCUCUGCCGCUUCGUCCAUGGGCCAGAGCUUCCUGGGUCUGAUUCUGUCGACUGUAGCCGGCUUGGGUCAGGUGCUGCUGCGCGACAUCAAUGUCGAUUCGCCGUCGCGAGAUGCCGCCGAGGGCCUGUACCAGGUGCCCAUUACCGUCAAGGACGGCAUUCGCGUCGGGCCUCGGGAAUUUGUUCUUGACACGGCAAACGCAAAGAACGCGGACGGCUCCCGCAAGUACCAUCUGGACAUCAAGAUGAACACGCUCGUCACCAAAGUCCGCUUCGACAGGACGGCAGCCAAGCCUCGAGCCGUCGGCGUCGACUUCCUCUCCGGCAAGAGCCUUUACAAGGCCGACCCCCGAGCGCAGCAGGCUGCCACCUCGACCGCUGGCUCUGUCAACGCCACGGCCGAGGUCAUCCUGUCCGCGGGCGCCUUCAACACGCCGCAACUGCUGAAGCUCAGCGGCGUCGGCCCGAAGAAGGAGCUCGAAUCCUUCGGUAUCAGCGUCGUCGCUGACCUUCCCGGCGUCGGCACCAACCUCCAGGAUCGAUACGAGACGACCGUCAUCGGCGAGACUGAGACCGACUUUCAGAUCAUCGAGGGCUGCACGUUCGGCCGCUCCGGCGACCCGUGCCUGAAAAAAUGGCAGGCCGGAGGUGACCGCGGCAUUUACGGCUCCAACGGCAUCUCCCUCGGCGUCGUCAAGAAGUCCUCCGUCGCAACGGGCGAUCCUGAUCUCUUCAUUGCCGGCGCGCCCGUGGCCUUCCCGGGCUACUAUCCGGGCUACUCGGCCGAUGGGACAGCCGACCGCAAGCACUGGAGCUGGAUCACGCUCAAGGCUCACUCGAGGAACCGCGCCGGCACCGUUCGUCUCCGAUCCUCGGACCCCCGCGACAUGCCGCUCGUCGACUUCAACUACUUUGCCCAGGGUGGCGCCGAGGACAGAAAAGCUGUCGUCGAGGGCAUGAAGCUGUCCAGGAGGAUGUUCAGGGACGUCAUCCCCCUUGCCGGCGGCUUCACCGAGGUGUGGCCUGGCCCAGGCGUGUCGGAUGACGAACUGGAGGACUGGGUGACGAACGAGGCCUGGGGCCACCAUGCCAGCUGCACGUGUCCCAUUGGCAAGGACGGCGAUCCCAAUGCUGUGCUAGAUUCCAAGUUCCGGGUCCGAGGUGUCAAUGGGUUGAGGGUCGUCGAUGCUUCGGUGUUCCCUGAAAUUCCGGGCUUCUACAUCGCAGUACCGGUAUACAUGAUCAGUGAGAAGGCGGCAGACGUCAUUUUGGGUGUCUGA